GGAGCCGCAGUUCUGCUGGACGCCUACCGGUUUUGCCAGCGCGGCAGCGGCGGAUCUCUCGGUUCCAACCAGUGGGUCCUGUGGGGGAGAGCUGAGGCGGAGAAAGGGCGCGGAACUAGAAAAGGGUGAGUCAGACCCUGCCUACGCGAUAAAGGGAGGCAGCACUGCGGCGUAGAGCUGAGUGCGGCCCCUGCUGCUGUCUAUUUAGGGACGCCGCGAUCUUAGCGCCAGCGAGAGGAGGGUGAGGAGGAGCCAGAGCCGGGUCCUGGCCCCGUUCUCGCCUCUAACAGCCCGCCGCCAUCGCCACCAUGCAGUCCCGGGAAGAAGCUCCGCGCUCUCGCCGCCUCGCCAGUCCCCGUGGAGGGAGGCGUCCCAAAAGGAUUUCCAAGCCUUCGGUUUCGGCUUUUUUCACGGGCCCGGAGGAGCUGAAGGACACGGCCCAUUCUGCAGCUUUGCUGGCACAGCUUAAGUCCUUCUACGACGCGCGGCUGCUUUGCGAUGUGACCAUCGAGGUCGUGACACCUGGCAGCGGGCCUGGCACCGGCCGCCUUUUUUCCUGCAACCGUAAUGUGCUGGCUGCCGCGUGUCCCUACUUCAAGAGCAUGUUCACCGGCGGCAUGUACGAGAGCCAGCAGGCGAGCGUGACCAUGCACGACGUGGAUGCCGAGUCCUUCGAGGUGUUGGUCGACUACUGCUACACGGGUCGCGUAUCGCUAAGUGAAGCCAAUGUCCAGCGCCUUUACGCGGCCUCGGACAUGCUACAGCUAGAGUACGUGCGGGAAGCCUGUGCCUCCUUCCUAGCCCGCCGCCUUGAUCUGGCCAACUGCACUGCUAUCCUCAAGUUCGCUGACGCCUUCGACCACCACAAGCUGCGGUCACAGGCUCAGUCCUUUAUAGCCCACAACUUCAAGCAGCUCAGCCGCAUGGGUUCAGUUCGGGAGGAGACUCUGGCAGAUCUGACCCUGGCCCAGCUGCUGGCAGUCUUGCGCCUGGAUAGUCUCGAUAUCGAGAGCGAGCGGACAGUGUGUCACGUGGCUGUGCAGUGGUUGGAGGCGACCCCCAAGGAGCGGGGUCCCAGUGCAACAGAAGUCUUCAAGUGUGUCCGCUGGGCACACUUCACUGAUGAAGAUCGAGAUUACCUGGAAGGGCUGCUGACCAAGCCCAUUGUGAAGAAACACUGCCUGGACCUUAUUGAGGGUGUCCUGCAAAUGCGAUAUGGUGACAUGUUACACAAGUCUCCGGCGCCAAAGCCAGAGAGCAGCAGCGGCUCUGUUGUUCCUGCAGCAGAAAACCCGCCCCAGAGGCUGGGUAUGUGUGCCAAGGAGAUGGUGAUCUUCUUUGGGCAUCCCAGAGAUCCCUUUCUCUGCUAUGACCCAUACUCAGGCGACAUCUACACAAUGCCAUCACCUUUGACCAGCUUGGCUCACACGAAGGCUAUCACUUCCUCAGCUGUCUGUCUCUCUCCAGACCAUGACAUCUAUCUAGCUGCCCAGCCCAGGAAAGACCUCUGGGUGUAUAAACCAGCCCAGAAUAGUUGGCAGCAGCUUGCAGAUCGCUUGUUCUGCCGUGAGGGCAUGGAUGUGGCAUACCUCAAUGGCUACAUUUACAUUUUGGGUGGGCGAGACCCUAUUACUGGAGUGAAAUUGAAGGAAGUGGAAUGCUACAGCAUUCAGAGGAACCAGUGGGCACUGGUGGCUCCUGUACCCCAUUCUUUCUAUUCCUUUGAACUAAUAGUGGUUCAGAACUAUCUUUAUGCUGUGAACAGUAAGCGCAUGCUCUGCUAUGAUCCUAGCCACAAUAUGUGGUUGAACUGUGCUUCUCUUAAACGUAGUGACUUUCAGGAAGCCUGUGUCUUCAACGAUGAGAUCUAUUGUAUCUGUGACAUCCCAGUCAUGAAGGUCUAUAACCCAGCCAGGGGAGAGUGGAGGAGGAUUAGUAAUAUUCCUUUGGAUUCAGAGACCCACAACUACCAGAUUGUCAAUCAUGGCCGAAAGUUGCUCCUCAUCACUUCUACCACCCCACAGUGGAAAAAAAACCGGGUAACCGUGUAUGAAUAUGAUACUAGGGAAGACCAGUGGAUCAAUAUAGGUACCAUGUUAGGCCUUUUGCAGUUUGAUUCUGGCUUUAUAUGCCUUUGUGCUCGUGUUUACCCUUCCUGCCUUGAACCUGGCCAGAGUUUCAUCACUGAGGAAGAUGAUGCACGGAGUGAGUCUAGUACUGAAUGGGAUUUAGAUGGAUUCAGUGAGCUGGACUCUGAGUCAGGGAGUUCGAGUUCUUUUUCUGAUGAUGAAGUCUGGGUGCAGGUAGCACCUCAGCGAAAUGCACAGGAUCAGCAGGGUUCUUUAUAAAUAUUUUGAAACACUAAGAUGUUUCUAUUGCUGUGGAAUGUAUAUUAAAAAAGAUAUUCUUCCCUUUUCCUGAAAAAAGCAAAAGUUGCUUAAGACUGUAGAUUUGUCUUAGAAAGGGUAACAUUUGAAUUACUACUGUAAUGCUAUAAAAUUUAAACAGUCUAGGAAUCAACCUAUGUAAUUUACUCUGCUUAAAGUCAAGAUUAACAUAUGAAAAAAUUUAUCAUAGAAUUGAUUAGAAUGUUUGGUGUUUUUUUUUCAUUGUUCAAGUAUUGCACCAGUGAAUUGUUUUGAUUAGUUACACUUAAUAUUUUGAUGGUCAAAUUUAAUCUGUUAACUUUUUUAUUUUAUUUAGUGCCAGAAGGAACUUAACUUUUUAAUUUUUAUAAUACAAAAUUGUAUUAGAAAUUGUUGGUAGGGUUUUGAAGGUUUAUAUUUUCCUUCAGAAUAAUGAAAGUAGUAGAUUUCCCAAAGUAUAAGCUAGUCAGUUUUUAGUAUUUUAAAUGUAUAUAGUUUGUUAAAAUUUGGUUUUCUUCCCUUCUGCAAAGGAAAAAAACUGGAUAUGUAUAUAUAUGUGUUACUGAAUAGUGAUUUCAUUUUGAUAAUAUGCAGAAUGGUUCUUAAGAGCUCUCAGAAAGUUAAAAAAAGCAGGAUUCCACUGUUUUAAAAGAAACUUUUAAUUUUUAGAAUAUAAAAUGUGUAUUUGCUAAAUCUGACCAUUUUUCUAUCUUAAAAAUCAUCCAUUGUAGUACUGUCACCAGUUAUUUAAGCACCCUUCUAAACCAAAAAAGAAAAAAAAAAACAAGAUAACUUGCUUUGUAAGUUAAUAUUUUUCACCUGUACCUGAUACAUGCUUCAUUGAAUCAGCGGAACAAUCCUUUUUUUACUGGACAUAUGAGGUGAUGUAAAUUUUUAUGCAUUGGUCAUGCCUUGUCUUAAAAAGUUUAUAUGCUUUUCUUAAAAUAUUUUGGGUGUAUAGUUUUGGUGUUUGUCUUAAAGGAUUCUUCAGCAGGAAGUGCUUUAUUCUUUACUGUUUUGGUGAGGUAAUUUUGGUUUUAAAAAUAUGUAUAAGCUAAAAACAGUAUUUUAUUGAGGUCAGUAGUUAUUGUGUCUGUUGACUAUAAAAUCAAGUGCCAGAAGAGAACUUUAAAACUUUAAGCUGUGUAUAGAACUGUUUUGUGUAGCAUUGAAAUAUUCUGUCAGUUUUGUAAGUCACUGUAAAUGAUUAUCAGCUUCAAGGUAUUUUUAUAUUAAAAGUUGAACAGUUAAAGACAUAAAUGGAUGAUGGCAUUUGGGGCCAGUAUGAAAGUAUGAUUCCUUAAAAAUAUUUCCCUAAGCAGUGGUAUACAUGGUUAUUUUAUUAGGGUAUUUUUCUGCGACCUUUAUUCCAGUCUUUGUUCUUUGUUUUUGUAUCACCGUAGUGUAAGGAAAAGUCCAGAAAUAGAGACUAAAUCACACAAAUUGAUACUGUUAAAUACAAGAAGAUAUAGGUGCUUACUUUUCGAGGAUCUCUUACUAUAUAUGAUUGUCACAAUACAUACACAUGAUAAAAUACAUACAAGUGUAUAAAUUUUUCUAUACCCCUUAGAAUGAUCUUGAGUCUUUGUUCAGUAACAUGCUAAUUCCUCUUCUGUGUUUAUUCUCUAGUGACAAAAUGCUGACAUUUCUUACAUCCUGGCAGAUUACUGAGGAGUGUGCUGUUCCCCUAGCAAUAUGUGUUCCUUAAAAGUAACAGACAGGCUUUAGUGGCCUAAGUCUAGCUUUUGUUCCAUUUGAUGGUCGGGAAUGUUAUAAGCACAGCUCUUAACAUAGAAAGCUAUUUCUUAAUAGUGUUCUUUUUUGGCCAACUUUUCUUUACCAGUAACUUCCUGCUAGUAGCUUUUUGUUUUGUAAGGUUGAAAUAAGACACUACUGAUCACAACCAGAUUAUCCAUUUACAGAAUUAAGAAUUCAGGUAUGCAAUCAAUUGAUAAAAGACAAAUUGUCGUUCUCAACCUCUGAGUUAAGUAUAAGCUAAUAGUAAUAUCUUGGUUUACAACAAGGUUUUCUUGGGAAAGAUUUUGAUUUUGUGAUGUAGUUGUGAAUUAGGUAAUAGACUAACCAUUAUUUUAUAUAGGUAAGUAAUUUAUACAUGGUUAGUUACAAAUAAAACUGGCAGUAGAACCCAGGCCUUCUAAUCUCUUAAUUUAGUGUUUCUGAUAAAUGUGUAGAACCCUUGCUUUUUUAGUGAGUGACACAACUAUCAGUGUUGAAAUCCCUUCUUGACAGGAAAGCACCUUUGUCUCAGUUAACUGGUACAUCUUUUAACAUAUGCUCAAUAUAAUGUCGUUAAGAAUAUAUAAAGGAUAAAAUGAAUUUAGCAAGCAGUUUAUUUAAUUUGGGUAUAGGAUUAAAUUUUAAUUGUAGUUCCCUUCUAUCUCCUCUGGUAAUGUUUUUUCUGUUUUGUACCUGGAUCCUGUUGAGAAUCUGAUGAAAGCUUUUGACCCAUUCUUCAGAAAAAUGUACAUGUUCAUAUUUUCAUAAAUUCAAGGAUGUUAGGACAUUUCUGAAGGUCAUCUACAGACUCAGGGUAAGAACACUUGUGACAAAGUCCCAAGCACACUUCUACAAAAAGGAAUUUGCAUUUUCAUAAGACAUAUGGCUCAUAUAUUUUUGUAAAGGGAGACAAACAUUGUUAUGUCAUUCCUAAAAUAGUGCUAAAGAAAUAAUAUACAUUUACUAUCUGAAAGGGAUGUGAAUAGUAAUGGGCAAUUCAUAACAAAGGCAAAGUUGGCAUUUCUGAAAUUCAAAUUUCUUCACGAUGAUUAACAUGAGAAAAGUAACUAAAUGUAAGUGAUUUAAAGAAAUGAGUCAACUGAGCUAAUGUAUCUGAAGGCUUCUUUGAAACUUGAAGUGUUAUAUGUGAUGUUAUUGUUUAGGAAGCCUGUUAGAAAUACAAAGCAAAAUAGAGGUUCCAGGUGUUUGAAACUGCAGACAUCUGUUUAUUAGACAUAUAUCUAAGUAGCAAGAGUUGUUUUAUAAUGAGCAAUAGUUGGUUGGAAGAGGUCAUCUACCCAUAAACAAUCUAUCUAAAAUAUAAUCAAUAUGCUACUCACUGCUCAUUAACUAGGAAACAGUGCUUUGCCUAAUGUUAUUUUUACCAUUUUGUAGUGAAAUGAAAAAAUGUAAAACACAAUGAGUUGUUAACUAAAAUUACUUAAAUGAAUUUGUUUUAGAUGUUCAUAAAUUGGAAAUGCACAGAGUUUGCAACCCUAUGUCAGCCCCCUAAACUUUAAAAAAGGUAGUUUGUCUUUGAAAUCUUAAUGUGAUAACCAGAAUGUAGACAUCUACAGUCUGCUUCAGAUUUCAACUCUUGGAAUCAUUUUAUGCUGCCUGCUUUUUAGCUAUUUUAUUUUGCCUAUAUCUUUUCAUCAGCUCUCACCCAUAUCUUAAAAACCUCAGCACCUUUUCAUCAGUAGAACUAACUUCAAAAGAAUAUUCAGUAUAGCAAACAAGAUAAAGCAGAAAAGAAUUAGGCAAAAUUAUUUAUAGAAUAUAUAACUAGCAAUUCUAAAAGAAUUGAUAAGCUAUUUUUGGAGCCACUGAGCUAUUUUAGAGCCACUGAGAUGCAAAGUUUUUUCUAAUGAAGAAAGAGUUCACAGAGGCUGCCAAGUGUUAGAGUACCACAUAGACAGUAGGUUUUGUGCCCUCUCCUUGACUCUGGGCCAUUUUGCACCUAGAUCUAUUCCAUCAGCUCCUAUUCAUUCCUCACUUCUUUAACCUUGUACACUAAACAAGACACUGGGAGUGUAGGGAACAGAUGUGGUUGCAUGCCACUUCUUUCAUUUUUGAGACAUAUUUUCUCAGAAACUAUGCUACUGGGUGGGCAGUCACCUCUCCAGUGAAAUCAGCCUUUUGUAUUUUCACCUCCAGACCAAUUGUACCUGCUUGGAACCAGCAUAUCUUAAUCAGGAAUAUUUUUUGGACGGACAAGCUAUUCUUUAAUUCUGGGGAAACUAGCAAAUAGCAAUAGCUCUCAUGUCAACGUACAGUCUGAUCAGAGUCUUGUCCUAACAGCUUUUUUUUUUCAUCUUUUAACAGCUUUAUUGAAAAAGAAUAGGAAACCAUUACCAAAAUCAAGAUAAUGAAUGUAUCCAUUUUCCCAAAAGUUUCAUUGUGCCCCUUGGUAACCUCUCCCUUAUUCCUCCUCUCUUUUCCAUUCUCUGGGAAACCACUGAUCCUACAUUGAGUGUAUUUCCUAGAAUUUUUUUUAUUGAAAUGUCAUUGAUAUACAAUCUUAACAUUGGUUUCAAAUAUACGACAGUGGUUCAACAGUAUCCCAUAAUUUUAAAUCCUCGCCCCCUCUAAUGUGGUUAUUGUCUAUUAACAUAGAUGUCACAGAAUCAUGACCAACUUAUAUUGUGAUUGCAAAUUUUAAUGGCUUUCUUUGUAUACAGGAGAUGUCAUGGGGCAGUGUUUUCUUCUUACCUUAUACAUUAGUUAGAAUCUAGGUGUGGUUAUGUGCAUAGAAAUCCUAUAGUUUUAUUAAGAUAGAAGUUUCUCUUAUAAAAAUCCAGUCUGUUAUGUUGGCUCUGAUCUAAAAAGUCCCUUGAGACCCAGGAUUUCCUCUUUUUCUUUUCUUCUAUGUUAGGAUAUUGUCGUGAUCCACAUGGUCCACGCUGGUUCACCUUCAUGUCCAUACUCCAGCCGUUAGGAAGAGAGGAGGGGAAAGGGGAGGCCUUGAGCCUUUCUGGUAAGGGAAGUUGUGUACAUCACUUGCAAGUCAUAUGACAUUGUCCAGAUGUUACACCUAACUGCAAGGGUGCCUAGAAGGGGUAGUUGUUAUUCUGGGUCAACAUAUAUCUAGUUAAAAUUCAGGGGUUCCUUCUUGUAAAAUGGUGGAGAAAGGCUAUAAGGUUAUAUUCAAUCUCUACCAUGCCAUCAGGCCAGAUUUUAUCACAUGGCAGCCAAAAUGAUUACCAGUCCUCCGAAGACCCACAUCCUACCAGCUUAGAAAUCCCAGAGGAAAAAGCAGUAUUUUCAGGUAUCUCUGGCAGGUAAUUUGGGGAGGACUUAGACUCUGCAUAUACAAAUCAGGCCACCUAUAAUACAUGAACGUGGGGAUGGGAAUGUUGAGGAAGACAGAUAAGGAAAUAAUGACAAUGAAGGGUAAUAGUUCCUACUGUGUCAGACUUCAAGUUGGGACUGUUCAGGUUACAGCAUGCAUUUUGUUUUGACCUGAUUUUAGGGAUAUGAGGGGAAGCUGGAGAUGGGAAACAAGUUAGUAAUGUUGGUAAACAUCAGAUCUUGAGGCUUUGUAUGGCAUGCCAGGGAGUUGACUUGUUUAGCAUACAGUGCAGAUUCAUUGAGAAUUUUUAAAUAGGGACUUCACACGAAUUUGUUUUAUUGAGACUUCUGAGUAUAUCGAUAGUGCGAGGCUGUGGGUGCAAGAUCAGAGGACUGCUGUUGUAGUAUGGGCAGUGAGACGACAUGGUCCUCCACAGGGGCCAUAGCUAUGGGCCUGAUGAGGAAGAACCAACAUAAGAGAAGUUACAGAGAUUCCGCUGGACUUAUAAUUGUAUUUUUGGGAUGAGGGAGCUGGAAGGUGUAUGAGAAGGGAAGGACUAUAGGCUAUUUCCCAAGUUUCUUGUUAAGAUAUUGUGCUAAUGUAUAGGUCAAACUUGUGUACCAAAGAGGACCUAAAAUGAAAGAUAAAAACCUGCUUCUGUCCAUUCAGUUCAGAAGUGAGUUGUCAAGGGCUGGCAGGGUGGUUCUGCCCGUUAAGCUUCUUUGUGAGCCUAGGCUAGUUCCUGCAUCACUUUCCCUCCAACUCCUAUUGAGUUAACCCUCUGGGGCUAAGCGCACUCGCUAGAGCUGCAGGAAAGCAGAAAGAAAGGAAAUGGAGGGCAAAAAAUUCCUUUUUAAAGGACUUUUAUAUCACUUUUGCCUUUUCUUCACUGGAGAGGUCUUAAUCAUAUCACCGCAUCCAGGUACAAGGCCGACUGGGAAAUAUUGACGUUAGAUGGGUAGCUUUGUGCCCUGCUGAGACUCAGGGGGCUUCUGUUGCUAAACAGAUUAAUGAACUAUUAUGUUUCAAUAGACAUGUCCACAUUUCCUGUGUUCAAUUCACAACAAAGUGCAGGCUUUAUUGUUAUGAAGUUCAUUUCUAGCAUCCCUAAUCCUCCAUCCACUAUAGUGGAAGUUAAAUUCCUAUAAUGCUGAAUAAUGAUUUUUCACAAACAAAUGCACCUGAGUGCCUUGAACACACACCUACAUACACACAUGAACACUACUUAAUCCUUGCCCUAAGUCCUAUCUCAGUCCAAGUAUUCCUAGAAAUGGCAGAAAUUAAGCCUCCAGAGGGUCAGGAUUCUCUCCCUAAUGCCUAAGCUCUUUUCCAGUGCCCUCUCCUUGGGUACCUAGCACCUUAGCUCUCUCACGCAUCCCACACUCCAACAGCUCUCACUAUUACUAACCAGGAACCAUGACACAGGAGUCAAAGAGAGGUUAAUGACCCCAGGGCAGUUCUAAAGCAAUGAAGGAUGGAAAUUAGAUACAUGCUUCAGCAUCCCAAUUUUAAGAAAGGGACAAUUCUGAAAUGUAUUCUAUAUGGAUCUUUAGAUGGUCGCCUUCUGGGCUGAACCCCAGUCUCCCACAGUAGUAAUCAACUCAGUAACACAUCUUCCCUGUGUCACUUUCAGGAUAUGGCCAACCAGGUCACAUCACAGAAAUUUGAGUUGGUGGUUAAAAGGUUGUUAGUGGUAUUUUUGCAAGGAAGCUUCCAUUUGAAUGUUUGCUUGAGGGCAGAAGCCUGGUAAGAGUGGAUCAGAAUGCAUUAGAUAAAGUUUUAGUUAGACACCUGCCAAUAUGGUUUUACCCCACUCUAAAGGGCUCAGGUAAAUUCAAGCCUCACAGCCCUUCUUGUAACAUGACAACAAAAAAUGCCAUGUUUUACAAAAACUAUGUUGCCAAAAAUGUUGAACCUGAAUCUAAUUAAGCCAUUAGAACAAACUUCCAGUUUACAGGAAAAACCGUGACCAGAAAGAUAAAUUGAAAACACUGUGAAGAAGCAAUCAGCCAAAUGCAGAAUGUGGACAUUCAACAGGACAGCUGAUACUAUGUCAACAAAUCUUCCCUGGUGUGGUAAGAUGUGAAAAAGCGGAGGCAGCAAGCAUGGGCUAUUCUUUGGAAGGGAAUGGGCAGUCUGUAGUAAGGGAGAGAAUACCUAGGUUCUGUUUUUGGUUGCUAUAAAUCUUAAUUUAAACAUGUUACUAGGAUCAGGCAUUAAGCCAUUAGAAAGAACAAUGAGGGGCUGGGCGCAGAAGCUCCCGGGAAGGGAGGAGAUGGACCAAAGCACAAGUGGCAGGUACACACUGGAACAGGAGCCAGGACUCUUC